GGGAGACCAGAUAUAGUGAAUGCAGGGUCGGGGAGACCGGAUAUAGUGAAUGCAGGGUCCGGGGUGACCAGAUAGAGUGAAUGCAGGGUCCGGGGAGACCAGAUAUAGUGAAUGCAGGGUCCGGGGAGAGCAGAUAUAGUGAAUGCAGGGUCCGGGGAGAGCGGAUAGAGUGAAUGCAGGGUCCUGGAGAGCAGAUAUAGUGAAUGCAGGGUCCGGGGAGACCGGAUAUAGUGAAUGCAGGGGUCCGGGGAGACUGGAUAUAGUGAAUGCAGGGUCCUGGGAGACCGGAUAUAGUGAAUGCAGGGUCCGGGGA